CCGGCACGUCCCGCUAAGCCCCGGGCAAGCGCCCAGCCGGGACCCCACCGCCGGGCCGGGCCAGCAGCCCUCUUUACAAGCUCGCCUCUCAUUGGGCGAAGGACCACGAAUCAGGAGCGCCUCCAGUCCCCCGGGCUUAUCCUCUCACAUAGACACACCCCCUCCGCAAACACGGCUUUCUGAUUGGUGGCUGCGCCGCCGGGAGGUGUGGCCGCCGGCGGCCGCUGCUGCUGAGGGCCGGAUCGCGGCCCGGGCCCGGCGGCUGCGGUCACCGCGUGUCACGGGGCGCCGCGGGGCGAGCCGAGCCCGGAGCCCCGCCGGGACGCGCUGGGCAAGGCGGGCAGGCUGCGGCGAGGCAGCGGUCCCUGCCAGUGAGUGACGGGACGGGCGGAGCGAGCUUAGGCGGGCCGCGGGCGCACCCUUGCGGCCGUGGAGGGGCGCGCCCGGAGAGGCCCUGCGGUGCGGGCGCGGAGCCGGGAGCACCGCGCACAGAGCGGCUCCGGCGCUGCGCUGCCCUCAGACCGUUCGGAAACAAACGGAUAUCAGCAACAGCAUGAAUCUGUUUGUGGAAAUCCUCCUGUUCGUGGCCACGCUCAUCUACUCCUACUUAGAGGCGUUCGUGAAGCUUUUCGUCCCUGUGAAGAGGAAGUCUGUCAGUGGAGAGCUCGUUCUCGUCACCGGUGCUGGCCACGGUGUAGGCAGAGCGACUGCCCUCGAGUUUGCCAAGCGUCAGAGCAGACUGGUGCUGUGGGACAUCAGCAAGCACGGUGUUGAGGAAACGGCAGCAGAAUGCAGACGGCUGGGAGCCACUGUUCAAGCCUUCGUGGUGGACUGCAGCAAAAGGGAGGAAAUCUACAGCGCUGCAGAGAAGGUGAGAAAGGAUAUUGGGGAUGUCUCCAUCCUGGUGAAUAACGCUGGUGUGAUUACAGCUGCUGACUUCCUCUCAACUCAGGACCACCAGAUUGAAAGAAUGUUUGAAGUUAACAUUCUUGCUCACAUGUGGACCACAAAAGCUUUUCUGCCAACCAUGAUGGAAAACAACCACGGUCACAUUGUCACAGUGGCUUCGGCAGUGGGUCAUUUUGUAAGUUCUUUCAUGGUGGCUUACUGUUCAAGCAAGUUUGCUGCAGUUGGAUUUCAUAAAGCUCUGACAGAGGAGCUGUCUACCCUGGGAAAGGAUGGAAUAAAAACUACGUGUCUCUCUCCAGCUUUUAUAAACACUGGAUUCGUCAAAAACCCCAGUACAAGGCUUGGGAAGAUUUUGGAGAUUGAGGAAGUUGUCGAGGCCCUGAUGGAAGGAAUACUGACCAACCAGAAAAUGGUUUUUGUUCCACCACAUCUAAACAUUGGUUUACUCUCUGAAAUGUUGUUCCCAGAACGUGCCUUGGCUGUCCUGAAAAAGCUCACCAAUGCCAAGUUUGAUGCAGUCAUUGGGCAGAGAAGCACCCAGUGAAAAGCAAAAAUUGAUUCUCACUUCCCAGUGGCACCAGUGAAAACAGGACAUGGGCUGAGUAUAGUUCAGCUGCUUUGAUUCAGAGCAGAACCAAGAGAGAUGCUUCCAGGCCACCACUUCCAAACACAUCCGAGUGUUUAUCCCACACGUGCAGCAGGGACAUACCCACGUAACGUGGCGUGUUAACAAAGCAGAGAAGCAGCUCUAGAAGUGUAAAGGGCUGCUUUGGCUGUGCAUCACGUCACCUCUAUCUCCUAGAGCUAAGGCAGACAGGAAUUCCCACAAAGGCACUACUUGAGUGUACUCCCGGGAUUGCCUGAGAGUAUGUUCAUCUGGCCUCAUCCCUGAGCAAAGGGAUCGUGGAAGCAGCAGUUUAUGGGGGACGUGGGUGGCCUGUUUCACCUCAGUUUAGCUUUUUAAAUUUAAAAAAC